AUGAGUGGUAGUUAUGGCAAUGUUUGUGAUUCAAAUUUAGAAACAGUUCGAAUUAUUGUACGUGAUGAAGAUUUUGAACUAUCUUGUUCACUAUAUAAAACAUUAAUUGAACGUUCAUCGAUAACAACACGUUUCAUACCAGUUAAUCAAAAACAAUCUGAAGAAAAAUCGCACACAUUUACAUUGAAUAACGUUGAUCCUCGAAUAUUUAAUUCAUAUUUGUUAUAUUUACAAACAAGUUAUUUAAUUCGUCCAGAUGAAAUUACACAAAAUGAACUAAAUGAUGGUUUAAUACAAUGUGGAGCUUCUGUAUCAUUACUAACAAAUUGUAAUCGAAUUGAACCCAUUGAUUCCAUUAGUUAUCCAGAACGAUAUUGUCUAACAAUUUUAAGUAUAAAAGAAAAUUAUUUGAAAUUAAUUAGAGUACUAUUAGCUAUUUUAUUUCUACUGGAAAUCUGGGGUCUCUCUCUUGAUCUAUAUCGUCAAAUUAUAUUGUGGUAUAAUUUGAAAGUAGUCUCAUAUUCCAACUUCAUCAUUGUUUUCAUUUAUAUUAUUGACAGCGGACUGUUUUGUCUGACAGCAAUAGAAUUGUAUAUACAAUGGAAAAAUUGUAAACAUUGGAGACUGUUAUUAAAGAAUCCAUGUUUAGCUGCUGAUAUUCUAUCAUGUUUAGGUACAUUUAUAUACUUCGUCGAUCAACGUCCAAUUACAACAAUCUAUCGUCAAAAUAUCUUAUGGUCUAUUAUUCAUUUAUGUCGUUCAUUACGUUUAGCUCAAUUUGGAUUUCGUUUAAUUGAUAUUCAAUGGUGUUUAUAUGCCAUUGCUCUCGCCGUAAAAUCAUUUUUCUUAACAACUAUUGCAAUGAUAUGGUUGUUCACACUAUCUGGUACAAUUUUGUAUGCUGUUGCCAUAUUUGAAGGAAGCUGGCAGUAUACAUCAACAUUUCUGACAACUUUAAAUGCACAUGAAACAUUAUGUGGAAUUGGCUAUAGAACAAAUCCUCCUAUGACAUUUGGUGCAAGAACUUAUACAAUCAUUAGUAUCUAUUUUCUAUCAUUUAUCGGACAAUUAAUAAUAUCAUGGUUACAAACAAAAGUAAGAAUGAAAUGGAUGAAGAUAUUAAAUAUACAAUAA